AUGUGGCGGCUCUGUACGGACAGCCACACGAGCACAUUGGUGGGCAGCAGGCUGUUCGUCUUCAGUGGCACGGGUGAGCCGGGCUCGGAUGGGUCGUCGGGGCUCAACGACCUCUACAUGCUCGACACCUCAACCAACACGUGGACACGGCUGGCGGCGCAGGGGGACGUGCCAGCAGCGCGAGAGGGGCAUGCAGCAGCGCGGGUGGAGGGGCUGGUGUACGUGUUCGGGGGGUGUGGCAAGGCGGGCGAGGGGGGUAUGGUGGACGAGACGUAUUACAACGACGUGCAUGUGUUCAACCCUGACACGAUGCGGUGGGCGAGGGUGGCAACAACAGGCACGGCACCAUCGCCGAGGGACAGCCACAGCUGCUGCGCGUGGGGCAACCAGCUGAUUGUGUUUGGCGGGGAGGACUCGCGUAACUGCUACCUCAGUGACGUCUUUGUGCUCGACACCAGCUCGCUGGUGUGGAGGGAGGUGAGGGCGAGGGGGCAGAAGCCCCUGCCGCGAGCAGGCCAUGUGGCGGUGACAGCAGGGCGGUACAUGGUGGUGUUUGGGGGCUUCACGGAUGAGCGGCGCCUCUUCAACGACCUGCACGUGCUCGACCUCUCAUCGGAGCACUGGCAGCAGUACACACCCACAGGGGACGUGCCCUCGCGGCGCUUCUCCCUGUCAGCUGACCUGCUGGACACAGUAUCGGGAAAAAUGAUGCUCUUUGGGGGUUGCAACGACGACUUGGAGGCACUGGAAGAUGCUUACUUUCUGCACACAGAUUUCGGGUCGCAUGCAGUGGAGUUCUUCCGGCCGCGCGUGCGGCGACGGUCCUUCGACUCCGUGCCCAUGCCCAUGGAUGCCCGCAUGGGCAUGGAUGGUCGCAUGGGCAUGGACGCUGGCGUGGGCAUGGGGGCCGGAGGGACGCCCAUGGGCAUGCGCGGCAAGAGGGGGGAGAGUGGAGAGGGCGUGUGGGGGCGGGGCGCGGAGGGUGUGUAUGAGGUGGGCGGCAUGGAUGAUGACGAUGGGUAUAGGCCCCCUGCCAGACGCAUGCGAGUCCCACAAGUCUCACCAGCCUUGCCGCCCGGCCUGCACCCAGCGGACCUGAUAGCGCCGGCAGGCAGGGAGGUGCCGUUUGAGGCGCAGAUAGUCGACGUUUUUCACCUCGGCUACUGCCUGCGCGCCACCGUCGCCGGUAGACCACUGCACGGGCUGCUCUUCUCCUACGACCCUUCAUUCGCUCAAGCUGCCCUCGCACGCCAGGCCCAGUGA